UUUAACCUACAUCUUAUGAAAAAGAAGGAUGUGUGUCUGCGCUCCACCUGCGUCAGCCUGCCUGCGCCGCGCUGCCCCGACGCCCGCUCCUGCACACAGGUUCCCCGUGCCGCCGCCAUGGUCUCCGAGAGCCCGGAGGUCUCCUUCGGCCUUCAAGAUGCCAUCGCCCAGCUGCUGAAGCCCCACAAGGUUUGGUUCAUGGUGCAGGUCCAGCUCAACCAGUCCAAGACCCGGACGGAGAGCAGGGUUCUGGUCAUGACUAUGUGGAGAGCCUAUAUGUUCCAUUGCAAGCAGCCAGUCAAGGUGGAAAGCUCAUUCAGUUACUUGGAGAUAUAUGCCAUCAUCAUCGGGAAUCUUGAGCAGGUGGUGAUUGAGACGGAUAGACAGACGUACUGUCUCAGCCUGAUGUCGGUGGAGGACCUUGAGGCUGUAAUCAGUCAUGUGACUGCUUCACUCAAGAAGAUCUUUCCUGAUUCGUCCCCAGGGAAGCUCCUGAAGAAGAUCCCGCCCGACCUGCAGGACCGUCUGCGCAGCCUGACGUCCAGCGUGGAGGAGAGUCUCAAUGGCACACAGGGACCAUGCGGAGGUUUCUCAGAGACGUACGCUGCCCUGUGCGACUUUAAUGACUUCCCCUGCAGAGAGGAGAUCAAGUGGGAUGUGGACAAUAUUUACCACAUUCAAAGCUGCCAGGAAUUCAAUCUCUUGGAUUUCAACCACCUGGACACUAGAGAUAUUUCCUUGGCUGUUGCUGCUCUGUCAUUCAACCACUGGUUCACUAAAAUCAGCGGCAAGGAUUUCCGGCUGAGUCCAGAGGUGCAGGAGCAGGUCCUCUACAUGAUAAACAGAUCCCCGAAACUGGAGGACGUGUGCCUGGAGAACAGUGGGCUCAAACCGGAUUUUGCAGUGAAGAUGGCCUGUGCCAUCCGCGACCACCCCAGUUCUGCACUGCACAUCAUCAAUCUGUCAGCCAAUCCGAUUGAAGACAAAGGUGUGAUUGCUCUCAGCCAUCAGCUUGAGAAGCUACCCAAAGGCCUUACUCAGCUGUGUCUCUCCAGAGUAUCUCUGUCCCCCAAAGGUGUGGGCACACUGGCCCAGGCCUUUUCACACAGCAAGCUGUUCUCCAGCUCGCUGCGCCACCUUGACCUCUCAGGCAACGUGGGGAGCCUGGCCACAGGAGAGGCAACGAACCUGCUUAACUUCCUGUCCAGUGAAAAUGCUGUGUCUCACCUGAACCUGAGUGGAACAGACUGUCCUUUGGAUGCUCUGUUCGUGUCGCUGUCUUCAGGGUGCUGCUCCAAGCUGUCCUACCUCAACCUGUCCAGAAACAGCUUCUCACACAGGACGGCGCGGGAGGUGACGCGCAGCGUGAAGGAUUUCUUCAGCAAAAGCGCCGAGCUGAAAUACGUGGUGCUGGCGGGGACGAGGCUUCCUGCGGCCGCGCUGAGGUUACUGCUGCAGGGCUUGGCAACCAACACUCUUCUAUCAGGACUGGAGCUAGACCUGAGUAGCUGUGAGCUCAGGUCUGCAGGAGCACAAGUGAUUCAGGAGCACAUCUUUGAAGCCAAGGCCAUCAGCAGCCUGGACCUGUCAGACAACGGUCUAGAAAGUGACAUGGUCACCCUUGUGCUGUCCAUUGGACGCAGCCACUCAAUCCGACACCUGGCACUUGGAGGCAACUUCGCCAUGAAGUCCAGAGCUCUGACCGAUGUUCUGCAUCGGAUUGUCCAACUUAUUCAGGAGGAGGAGUGUCCCCUGGAGUCCCUGUCGGUGAGCGACUCCAAGCUGAAGACUGGCACCACCACCCUGAUCAACAGCCUGGGAAACCUCACCAAGAUCGACAUCAGCGGCAACUGCAUCGGAGACACGGGCGCCAAGAUGCUGGCAAAGGCCCUGCUCACCAACACUAAGCUCAGGACCUUGGUCUGGGACAGGAACAACGUGACGGCCAGUGGCUUCCUGGACGUGGCCAGCGCUCUGGAGAGGAACUCCACUCUGCUGCACAUGCCCGUUCCCAUGAGCGACGCCUUGCAGGCGUAUCGCGGCAGCCCGGAAAGGACCGACGAGGCCCUGCAGAGGAUCCAGGCCUGUCUGGUGAGGAACAGCCGGGGCCAGGCAGCUGCGUCCGAGCAGGUGCUGCGUCUUCAGCAGGAGAUGAAGACCAGGUGCUCUGAGAAGGUGCAGCAGAUGUGUGUGAAGGUGCAGAAGACUGUCCAGCCACUGAUCAACUGCAGCGUGCAGGAAGUGCAGAGCGACAUCCUGUCUGCGGAGGAAGUGCUGCACAACGCCAGGGUGUCCAUAGGCAUGCUGCCCACCCUAUACAAUCUGGGGAGGGCGCCCUCUAGCGAGAACAUGCUGCAGCACAUCCUUAACGACUCGGCCCACUCACUGACCACCGAGAUCACCACGGAGAUCCAGGAGCUUGUUCAGUCCAUGCUGCAGUCCGUGCAGGCCGUCUGCCCCAGGGUCGUCCAGAGGUCGAGCGUCAGCGAGAAGCUGGCCGACUACGUGGCCAGGAAGUCCCGGCACGCGGCUCACUUUGUGGAGGAGACCCUGGAGAAGCAGGCGGGAGAGCUAAUCAGAAACAAGCUCAGAGAGCUGAAACUGUCUGUGAGCGUUUGCCUGGCAGAGAGCGUUGUGGAUCAGAUUCUGCAAGACCUGUCUGCGUCUCAGCAGAAACUGGACCGGCACGUGAGAGACCACACCCAGCCCCUGUCUGGCUCCGCCCCCCGAACCAACAUCCCCCAGCUGAGAGUGGUGGAGGAGGAGUUCCCCACAGACGAGUACGUUCCAGUGAUUUGGCGCAGCAGUUUUCACAGCCGCAGCAUACGCCCCGCCCCGUCUGUAAAAAGUCUCCUGGAUGUGGACUCAGAUUUCCAGCAGACGAGCGAAGGCAGGCAGCAGCAGCAUCAGCAGCAGCAGCAGCAGAGCCGAGAGGAGGAGGAGCAGGAGGAGGUAGGCGGGGCGGAGACAGCGUGGGGGCGGGCCGCGUCGUCCCCCUCGUCCCUGUCAGUCACGGCGGCCCGGCCGAAGCCCGGCCCCUCCCACCCGCCGGAGGAGGAGGAGGACGAUGCUGCCGCUCUUCGCAGGCUCAGCAGUCAGCCCAGGCGCUCGGAGCCCGCACCUCCUCGGCCCCCUAUGGACCUGCCCAGCGAAGGACAGAGACUGAGGCACUUCACCCAGACCCGGCCACGGCCCAACCGCAGGAACAGGCAGCCGCCCAGCAAGCCGCAGGAGCCGGCAGCUGAGAGCGAAAAUGACCAGAAUGAGACCAUGGGGAGAGUGGAUGAGGGAGUAGAGGAGUUUUUCACAAAGAAGAUCAUCCCUGACAACCCCCUUAAGAGCCAGAGGGAGGAGCCCCCAGUAAAAGCACAGCCUGUAGAGCCUGCCAGCUCAGCGCCCUCUACUGGCCCCUCCAAGAACAUCAAGAAGAAGUUUGGGGACUUCUUCGCCUUCAAGAAAGUCCGUGCGGCCCGGGGGUCGAAGGGCGAGGGGGGCCCAGAGGGGAAGAUCAAAAAGACUUCAAUUGCGGAUUUGAUACGGCCGCUGAGGGAAGCGGCUCGGGCAGAGAAGGAGAGAGAGAAGGAGAAAGAGCGGGAGAAAGAGCGAGAAAGAGAGAGAGAGAAGGAGAAGGGGAGGGAGAAGGCAGCAGAGGAGAAUGCCGCCAAGGGAACCGCCGCCGUGGCGGAAACGCCGGCCCUCCCGGUCGCAGUCCCCGCCCCCAGCCCCGCCCUGACACCGAGCCCCACCCCCACGCCAACCACGACACCUGCCACCGCCGUCACACCAGUGUCUCCUCCCGCGGCCACCUCCCCCGUAGCCCCCACCACACUCACGCCGGCCCCCUACCCCACCCUCGGUCCCGCCCCUGUCCCCGUCGUCGAGCGUGAGAAGAGCAGGACCCUGGAGAAGAGCCGGACGCCGGUUGGGGAGAGGAAGUUGAAAGCGACGCGGCGUUCUCUGAGGGAGGGGAAGUCUCAGUCCCUCAUCCUGCUCACGGGACUCGAACCCGAUGAUGCAGGCACCCGCAGCAAGAAACACCUGAGUGAGAAAGGCUCAUCCAAUGAGGGCCCCUCCAGCUUUGAGCAGCGCGUCCACGUCAUGCUGCACCGCAUGGGGGUCACCAAGACCCUGCCGUCCGACUCCAGGAGGGCCCAGAACAAAGAGGGAGAACUGAGGAAGGCAGACUCUGAAGGGACGAUCAUUGACAGUAAACCUGAACCCCCGCCCACCUUCAUGAAACCUCGCACAAUGUCCACAUCAUCAGAUAUGAGGCGACCCGUGCGGGUGGGCGUGUCCACACUGGAGUCCCGCAGAGCCUCGGGGCCGGGCGAAAGGCCUCCUCUCCCGGAACGCCCCGGUCCCCUCCCCCCGAAACCCGCCAUCAAACCCCCUCUCCCGGUGCCUCUCCCGGUGCCCGAGCCUGCCGCCUCCGCACCGCCUCCCAGGACGUCCCCGGCCACGCCCGUCCAACCCAGCACCUCCCCGUCUCGCGAGGACAAACCAGCAGAGCCCGACGCCCCCCAGCCCCAGCCGAGGGACCCGCCCACCCCCUCCCCCAGAAGGGAGACACCCCCGGCACCGUCACCACGCAGGGGGGUCUCCCUGGGGGACAGCCGGGUGCGGGCAGAGAAAGCACAGUCCGUCACUGAAGAGACCCUGCCAAAACCGCGGCCGCGCAUGAAGCCGUCCCCCCAGCGGCGCGCCGUGUCCGUCCACGAGGAGUCGCUCCGCGAGCACGUCGCCCUGCUGGACCCGGAGGAGCUGAAGGCGGCGUUGCCACGGCUACAGAGGUCCCCGGUGAGGAAACGGGCCAACCUGGGGGAGCUUCCUCCCUGCAGUGAAGACCAGCCUGAGGGAGAGGGGGCAGGUGAAAGAAAGAGCGACACAAACCUGAACAGCCAAGAAACAGACGCCAGCUCGGUCGUGGAGAAGGGGGCGGGGCUAAGCCCAGCGGGGGCCGGACAGGAAGACGCCACGGCGGAGGCGAAGGAGGAGGAGGAGGAGGGGGGCGAAAUGGUCUCACAGCAGCACAUGCCGCAGGGAGGAGCAGAACCAUCAGACCAAAGAACUGAUCCCCCCUCUCUCAGAAACACAUGAACUGACCCGGAGCAGAGUCUAUUUUCUACCAUGUUUUCCCCCUUUGCAUUGCACGCCAGACUAUGUACAAAAAAAUAAUAAUGACAAACAAAUCUUAAAAAAGAGAGAUGAAACAGUACCUAUACUUGUUAAAUAUUAUUAAAAAAUGAAUUCAGAUGUGUUAUCAAGA